GCUGGCGGCCAAGCGAGCGUCGGAGGGGGCCGGGCCCAGCGCGGCGAGGACCACACGCCAGGCCCGCUCCCGCUCCCGCCCGGCAGGCAGCCCGCCAUGAGGAGGCGGCGGCGGGAGCAGCAGCAGCAGCACCAGCCGCCCCUCGAGCCCUGAAGGCAGCCGAGCCCCGUAGGCCCCAACCCGCCUGGGGGGGAGCCGGCCCGGCCCAGCCAUGGACAACCAGUGUACAGUCCAGGUGAAGUUGGAGCUCGGACACCGCGCCCAGCUGCGCAAGAAGCCCACCACCGAGGGCUUCACGCACGACUGGAUGGUCUUUGUACGAGGGCCGGAGCAGUUUGAGAUUCAGCACUUCGUGGAGAGGGUCGUCUUCCGUCUCCAUCAGAGCUUCCCGAAACCGAAACGUGUUUGCAAAGAGCCCCCUUACAAAGUGGAGGAGUCUGGCUACGCGGGGUUCAUCAUGCCCAUUGAGGUCUACUUCAAGAAUAAGGAGGAACCGAAGAAAGUGUGUUUUACCUAUGACCUUUUCCUAAACCUGGAAGGAAACCCCCCGGUGAACCAUUUGCGCUGCGAGAAGCUCACCUUUAAUAACCCCACCAAGGAAUUCCGUCACAAACUCAUCAAAGCCGGAGGGGUGAUGGUCAUGCCGGAAGGUGCAGAAACGGUCUCCAGGCCGAGUCCUGACUACCCCAUGCUUCCAACCAUCCCUCUCUCGGCCUUCUCUGAUCCUAAGAAGUCCAAACCAUCUCAUGGGUCAAAGGAGGUGAGCAAAGAGGGGGGCAAACUCUCCAAGCCCCACAAAGUCACCCGUGAGCAUCGCGAGAGGCCCCGGAAAGACUCGGAGAGCAAAGGCUCGUCUCGAGACCCAGAACGGGAAGCCGGCAAGGCCGCCAAGGAGCCCUCCAAGAAACACGCCACCGAGAACAAAGGGCCGAAGGAGGAGAAGCCCCUCCCCAAGGCCGCUCUCAAGGAGGCCAAGCUGGCCCUGAAGGAGCACAAGCUGGAGAACGCCUCGCCCAAAGGGGCGCCCCCGGCCCCCGAAGGGAAGUCCUCGGCCAAGCGGCCCCUGACGGUGGAGUCGCCCAAGCCCAUGGCCAAGAAGCUGAAGAAGAACAGCUCCAAGGGAGCCAAGACCGUCCCCACCAACACCCACCGUCCCACCAACACCACCACCUCCUCCUCUUCCUCCUACGCGGAGAAGAAGCUGCCCAAGGAGAAGGUGCCCAGCGCCAAAGCCGAGAAGCCCAAGCCGGAGAGCGAAGCCAAGGCCAUCAAGAAGCCCGUGGAGGUGACCGUGGCCGAGGAGUCCAACUCGGAAGACGAGGCCUCGCUCAAGUCCGAGUCUGCCGUAUCCAGUCCUUCCAACUCCAGUUCCAGUUCCGACUCCAGCUCCGACUCGGAUUUCGAGCCGUCUCAGAACCACAGUCAAGGGCCACUGCGUACCAUGGUGGAGCACCUGCAGUCGGAAGAAUCGGACGAGGACGACAGCUCCUCCGGAGAAGAGGUGGCCGUGAAGUCCACCCCCAUCAGCAGAGAGGCCAGGCUCAGCCACAGCGACAGCGAUACCGACAACAGCGCCGACUCCUGCCUGCCGAGUCGAGAUACGCCACCCAGGCAGAAGGGGCCCUCCGCUAACAAUAAGGUGUCUGGCAGGAAAAGUCCAGAGUCCUGCAAUAAACCGGAGAAGAUCUUGAAGAAAGGGACUUAUGACAAGGCCUACACGGAUGAGUUGGUGGAGCUUCACCGGCGGCUGAUGGCUUUACGAGAACGCAACGUGCUGCAGCAGAUCGUGAACCUCAUUGAAGAGACGGGGCACUUCAACGUCACCAACACGACCUUCGACUUCGACCUCUUCUCCUUGGACGAGACCACCGUCCGCAAGCUGCAGAGCUACCUGGAGGCGGUGGCCACGUGACCCUCGGCCUCGGGAGCAGGACCCACCCGCUUCUCUUCGGUCUCUCUGGGAUUAGGAAAGGGGACCCCCCACCCCCGGACUACGGCCGCUGCCUUACUCUCUCCUUUCACCCGAAGCACUGCCUUAGGGAUCAGCCACGCGCUAGGAAGACCCUGCCGCUGCCGCCGCUGCCCCUGACUCGGUUCUCUCCUUUCGGGCUUCAGCUGAGCGCUCGCCUCUGGCCACCGUCCUCUUGCCCCCCCCCCCAUCCCACCCCCCCAUUUGCUCUGGAACCACUUCGAGCGAAAGCAGGAUUUGAUGCCAGCUGGCCACCGUCUUCUCCUUCCAGCCUGGUCGUUUCAGAGCAAGAGAGUUUUGGGGAGGGAGUGUCGUUUGCAGAUAUAGGUCAGCCUGGAAUGGACGCAGCGCUUACUUCCGUUGGACUUGCAGCCACUUCCACCAGGGUGGGUGCGUGUGGAUGAUCUGUGCCGGCACCUGCCCUCCACGGUCACCGGUCGGGUCAACGUUGGCCUUCCUGCAGCCAUUAUCGGUGGCCGGAGACUUCUGCCCUGCCAGCUGCCAUGGGUCAAGGAGCCAGCGACCCCGCUGGAUGUGCCCGUGCGGUGCGCUCGGACCGGGCAGAGUCUGGCACGCCGAGGUUCUUCGGCAAAAGAUUUCCGGCCCUCGCGCGGCUGAAGACGCUUCCCUCGAGUCUUUUAAGGCGCCGCGGUUCUUGGUUCCCGGUUUGUUCCAGUUUUUGAUCGGCUCGGACCGUAAGGACGACCUUAAUUGUACGCUGUCUGUUUUCCACGCAUACCUACAGAUAACCCGGUCGCUAUCUGUACGUAUGUACCUAUAAUGUAUUUACGGUGUAAAAAAAAGAAAGAAAGAAAGAAAGAAAAGGCCCCAACGGGCCUUGAGGUCUCAAAAGAGGGUUAGGGCGGAGGGCACGUUUGAAAGGCUUUUUUAAGAUUUCUUUUUUUAAAAAAAAGGAAAAGGUGAAAUAGGGCUUCGGGCUGCCUUCUGUCAGUUUGUUCAAAAGGGCGGGGUUUUUUAGCGUUUUAGAAGCGGGAGGGGGGAGUUGGGCCAAAGGCUCCCGGGGCCUUUUGUGCCGAGCGACAGACUCCCUCUGGGCUGCGUUUGUCGGUUUGUUCGUUUUUUUCAAUUCGCCAUCAGUGUUCAAGGAAAGUGUUUUUUUUUUUUUUUGGCCGAAAUUGCCCUCCGGUGUGCAUUGGUUGAGAGAAACCUCGUCCGCUCCGGGCUCCGCACCACCAGUUUGGAGGGAAAGAGGCCAUCAGUCAUGAAAACGUAUGGGGGUUUCUUUUUCCCCUUUCUUCCUUUGGAAAAUGCUCCUUUUGGUGAUUCCCCAGGGUUUGCGAAAACGAUUCUGAUCUUCUCGGACAACCCAUGGGAAUAUUUGUAAAUAUUCCUCGGAGUCCUCCCCCCCCUCCCCUUUUAGCAUGUAGAGACGCGAGGAGGCGUCUGCAGGAAAGUUUUGUGUGGUCCCGUCCAUGCCUUCUGGGAACGAAGCCCCCUCCCCUCUCUCCUUCCCAGUCUGGGGGCGGGAACUCCACCUUCGGCCGAAGAUUACCGGCUUGUGUACCGGGGCAGAAAAUACUGCCGGUGGCUAAUAUUUUGUAUUUCGCUCUUUCUCAAGUUGCUCUUUCCUUUCGGGGGGGAAUUGUCCCCCGCUUCCGGAUCGUUCUUCCCCAUCGCUUCCCUAAAAGACUGACGUGGCAAUAAGCCGAUCCGAGUGAGGUCAUGUUGACCCUGUUCCGUGGUGAAACCCCCCCCCUUUUAUUUUAUUUUUUAUUUUUGCUGUCUCUUUGUGUACACAAUGUUGUUUGCAAAGGUUUUCGAGAUGUUGCCCUGACAUUUGGCAACGCCUCAAGCCAGGUGGAGAUUUCCCAAUUUGGCCAGCGAACAAAGCCUGGGCACGGCCAAACGGGCCAAAAACGAACCGGGCAGAAGCCCAGACCGCUUUCUCGGUGGCAUCCCACGGGGCUGCCACGCUCUGCUCGACGAGCAACACUACUUCUGGGGCCAGCCCCUCCCUCCCCCCCGAUCUGCUUGCAACCGCUGUAAAAAUGGGUCCCUCCCAAAGCAAGGGCUGAUCCGCCCCCCAAAUCCCCCCAUUUCGUUACAAUCCCCCCACCCCACCCCCGUAGCUUUGAAGCUGCUUGGAAGAGAAAGAGGCUCCCGGGUGCUUCCAGAGGGCUGGGUCCCUGGCGCUUGGCUGGGAAGGUCAGAAGGGCUGGGGUGGGGGGGAAGAGGGGAAGGGUCCUCCUGAAUUAAUGCUCUGAACAUCCCUGCCAUUAAAGGGGAGGGGUCUCUUCCGCUGGAAGAAGGCCUCUGGAGAGCUGGCUUUGGAGACAGAUUUCAUCCUCGGGGUCACCAUUGGUGUUUGUAGGUCCCCAAAUUCCUUAGUUUCUCUACCUGACCAAAGCUGGAUGCUUCGUGGUGGGGUGAGAGCGCCUGGCUGGUUGGCUGGCUGACCAGAGGACCCUCUCUUCUUCCCCCCUUCCCUGGCAGACGAUUCUCUCUUAGGCGCGGCCGUGUUUUGUGGGUGUGAUGUGAUUGUCUCGUGCGUCGUCUCCUCUGCCCCUUCGGGCUUCCUGCUUUCAGCUUCCUCCCAUCCGAUGCUCGGGUAGACAACGCCCGUCCCGCUCUUCCGUAAGGUGGGGAAAUUCAAGAGCGUUUCCACCAAGGUUGCAGAGGGUUGGUUUCGCCUCUGGGAAAAAAAAUCACCGAAGAACUGGAAAGGUGGUCCAGUCCUCCAAGAUUUGGCAUUUUGGUAAAAUCUUGGAAAACCUCAAGUUUCUGGGAGGGAGGCGCGAAACUUUUCCAAUUCCAGCGCUGUUUUCCUCUCCCCUCUGGUUUCCCUUUUGCUUUCCUUGUUUCCAAAGGAAAUUUGCGUCUCUGUACAGACCACAGCGCAAUUUUUGUGUGGAUCGUAUUUCAGAUAUUAAUUCCGGACCGUGUUGAGUGCUGAGAGUGGGCAAGUGGCAACUUCCUAAUCCAGGCCAAGGAUCCCCCCCCAAGCAUGGCAACUUUUAAGACGCGUGGACUUCAACUCCCACGAUUCCACACCUCUUAAAGUUGCCCAGUUCACUUCCCCUGCCGGUUUGGGCUAGUCUGGAAGCCGCCAAGCGAAGCAGUGCAAAAAUCCAGGGGCCUCGGAAGCCACCUCUCUGCUCCCAGGGAUUUAAUCGGGGGGGGGGGCACAACUCAAAACACAUCAGGGGCAUUUCAUUGGGGGGGGCUUCUCCUGGCACAUUGUCCUCUCGAAGCAAAAGUGGACUUUGUGCUUCGGGUCAACCAACCUUGGCGAUCAGCCCUUGCAAACGUGGCAUGGCCGGCCUUCCUCUUUUUUGCCCGUCGCCGAAAUAAAUAAUUGACAAAAAAUGGGUGAUUUCCAGGGACGAAGCGACCUAGGGCACAAAAUAACCUGAGUAUUUUUAGCGGCAUGGCCCUUCAGCAAAGCUGCUCUUUGACCCCCGCUUAAGACGCUUCUCCGUUUCGCCAGAACAAAAGUAUUUCACAAGUAGCGUUAGGUUUUUUUCCUUCCUCGGUUUCCCGUUCGUCCCCGGUUUUGGCAGCCGGGAGGAUUCGUAGACUGGGUUUUUCUGCUGGUGGGGACGGGCGGACACACACACACACACACACACACACACGUAUGUCUCCAGAAAUGUGGACAGCUGCUGUUUGCGCUCAGAGUGAAGGUCCCCCCUCCCCCUUUAGAACCACUUCACCUUGUAAAAAAGAGCUCCUCUUUUGCCCUCUUCUCUUGAGGAGCCGUUCUUGCGGGACCCCUCAAUGGGAGGGGCUUGUCUGCAAAGCCCACCCUCUUUCCCCCCCCCCAAACACUUGACCCACCGAACUCUCUCCCCAAACACGAGGGCCCUCCCCACCUUUCGAAGCACCCACAUGUUUUCACGGAGCCGGAAGUGGUCAGUCGGGGGGGGAGGGGUGUCCCAACCUUUGAAGACUUGUGGACUUCAACUCCCAGAAGUCCACUGGCUGGGGGAAUUCUGGGAGUUGAAGUCCACAGAUCUUCUGAUUUGGACGCCCCUUUUGUAGAUUGAACGGAUCCUCCCUAAAUCCUAAAUUUGGAUUUUUAUUAUUUUGGGUCAGAUGUGCCAUUUCAGGGAUGUUUUCCCCCCUCGCAUCCGUUCUUUUGGUAUUUUGUAAAAGUUAAGGAAAAAAAAGUAUUUUGGAGAGCAAUCUCCUACAGGAUCAACUGAUCCCCCUCAGUUUUGCAGUUCGUUUCUUUGGGGGGGGUGGCCCCCCCAUGCUUUUUAUGGAGAUUUCUAAUCUCCCAGCCAGGUGAGCUCCGUAGGGCCUUUCUCUGCUCCUUGCUUUGACCAGAAGCAUCACAACGGUAGGUAACUACAAUGAAGCAUCUCUCGUUAUUCCCCCCCACCCCCUGUUUUCAUUGCCAAGUGCGUCAAUCCCCCCCCCACCUGUCCCAUCUCAGGUUCUCCCCGUGGGUGGAGAUGGGGGCGAGGGGGGGGGCUGGGACCGGUCUGGCCUUGAGAACAAAAACGGGGGAUUUUGCACCCUCAAAACGAACAAGUCCUUAAGGCAAGUAUUGGAACGCUUCGGUUUCUCUCUCCCGGAGCGAAGGUAUUAAAUCAACCCAGGCGCGUUAAAAAUUGGUUUUUAAGGGAAAAAAAAACAAAAAAAAGUCAGGGGUGGGGAGGGAAAUGUUUGUAAUAAGUUAUGGGAUUGUGGUCAUUUUUUUUUUUGUUUUUUGGGGUCCUGACUUUUAAGCUUUUUUUGUUACAUUUGUGGAAAUUUAUGGAGGAGUUUUAUAGGAAAAAUUUAAAACAAAAAAAAAAAGAGAGAACCUGAAAUAAAAGGUGAAAGUUGCAAUCU